AUGAACAAAUUUAUUUUAAUACUUGUGCUCGCAGUCGUAGCCUUCAGUACAAUCGCUUCUGCUACGCCAACUAAUUGGAAAAGAGGCGUUACGUUUAGAGGAGCAACAAUUCCUAAGGGCAAAUCAUCUUUGGAAUCUUUGAUUGAAAGACAGGUUCAAUGUGAUCUCGGAUAUUUUCAAUGUUCUAAUGGAUGUUGUCCUGAUUAUACGUCUUGUAUUAAUGAUCACCAAUGCAACAUUCCAUGCACCACUAGUGAUAUACCUUGCG